AUGACCGGAGAAAGCGCUGAGAAUUCUGAGCUUGAGCCGCAAAAGAAGAAAAGAAAAGCACUUGCUUCAGCAGAGGCAGUACCUGAUGAGGUCAAGAUUCUCAAGACAGAAAAGAAAAAGAAGAAGAUCACGACGGCAGAGACAAUAGCUGAGGAGGUCACGAUUCCUCAGACAGGAAAGAAAAAGAAGAACCCAAUGGCUUCUGCAGCAAUAGCUGAGGAAGUCAAGAUUCGUCAGACAGAAAAGAAAGAAAAGAAGAAGAACACAAUGGCUUCUGCAGAGGCGAUACCUGAAGAGGUCAAGAUUCGGAGGGCAGAACACAAAAAGAAGAAAAGCACAACGGCAGAGGCAGCCGAGGAGGUCAAUAUUCCUGAGACAGAAAAGAAAAAGAAGGGGACGAAGACACGGGCUCCCGCAGGGGCAGUGGUUGAGAAGGUUGACACUACGACCGACAAGAGAAAGAAGAAGGCAUCGGCUUUGGCAGAGGCAGUUUUGAAGGAGACUCCUCAGACCAAAAGGAAUAAGAAGACACAAAAGACGGCAAGUCACACCGAGGGGGCCCUGAUCCAGAAGGUCCAAGUUGAGAAGUCUGCGAGCUCGCCACGACUGGUCGUCUCCCAGGCCAGAAAGAAGGCCAGAAAGAAGAUAUAG